UCGAACGCGUCAGCAUGCUGGUGAUCCUGCUGAACUGCGUCACGCUGGGCAUGUACAGGCCGUGCAUCGACGACCCCUGUACUACCAACCGCUGCAAGAUACUGCAGAUAUUCGACGAUUUUAUAUUCGCCUUCUUCGCGCUGGAGAUGUCCGUGAAGAUGAUUGCGAUGGGGGCCUAUGGGAAAGGGACGUACCUCGCCGAUCCCUGGAACUGGCUGGACUUUUUCAUCGUCAUCGCUGGGGCACUGGAGUACUGCCUGAACGUGGAGAACAUGAACCUGUCCGCCAUCCGAACCAUCCGCGUGCUGCGGCCUCUGCGCGCUAUCAACAGGAUACCAAGCAUGCGCAUCCUGGUGAUGCUGCUGCUGGACACGCUGCCGAUGUUGGGGAACGUGCUGCUGCUGUGCUUCUUCGUCUUCUUCAUCUUCGGCAUCGUGGGCGUGCAGCUGUGGCAGGGCAUCCUGCGCCAGCGCUGCUUCCCCAAGACUCCGCCGAACGUCACGCUGCCCAAGGCUGUGGCGCAGUACUACCACAGCGUGGACCAGGAGCGCGACUACAUCUGCUCGACGCCCAAGGACUCGGGCAUGCACCUCUGCCGGGACCUGCCGCCGCUCGUGCUCGACAGCGGACUCGUCUGCAACGCGACGGCGCUGCCCAACAGCCCCAACGAGCCCACCAACGCCUCCUGCGUCAACUGGAACCAGUACUACACCGAGUGCCUGCCCUCGCCCUACAACCCCUUCCAGGGCACCAUCUCCUUCGACAACAUCGGCCUCGCCUGGGUCGCCAUCUUCCUCGUCAUCAGUCUUGAAGGCUGGACGGAUAUUAUGUAUUAUGUACAGGAUGCCCAUUCGUUUUGGGACUGGAUAUAUUUCGUAUUGCUCAUUGUGAUCGGAUCGUUCUUCAUGAUCAACCUGUGCCUGGUCGUCAUCGCGACGCAGUUCUCGGAGACGAAGAAGCGCGAGAUGGAGCGCAUGCGCCUGGAGCGGGAGCGCUUCCGGUCCAGCAGCACGCUCGCCUCCAGCACCAACAACUCCGAGCCCACAUCCUGCUAUGCAGAGAUCGUCAAGUACGUGGCGCACCUGUGGCGGCGCGGCAAGCGGCGUCUGAUGAAGAAGUGGCGGGUUUGGCGCUACCGCCGGCAACAGCGCCGCCAGGCCAAGGCGGGCGCCAUCUCCCUGCAGCACUGCGGCAACAACGGCGCCGGCAUGCUGCGAGCCCACGCGCACCACCACCACCACCACCACCACCACCACAGAUUACACGUCGCCUAA